AUGACGGUCUCAUACACCCUCAAAGUGGCAGAGGCUCGCUUCGGAGGCUUCUCCAGCUUGCUUCUCCGCUGGAGGGGAAGCAUCUACAAGCUCCUUUACAAAGAGUUCCUCCUCUUCAUCGCCCUCUACAGUCUGCUCAGCAUCACCUACCGGCUGCUGCUGACCCAGGAGCAGAGGCACGUGUAUGCUCAGGUGGCCCGAUACUGUAAUCGUUCUGCAGAUCUCAUUCCCUUAUCCUUUGUACUGGGUUUCUACGUGACCCUGGUGGUGAACCGCUGGUGGGCCCAGUACACGAGCAUCCCGCUGCCGGACCAGCUGAUGUGCGUCAUCUCGGCCAGCGUGCACGGCGUAGACCAGCGCGGCCGCCUGCUGCGCCGCACCCUCAUUCGCUACGCCAACCUGGCGUCCGUGCUGGUGCUGCGCUCGGUCAGCACGCGCGUUCUCAAACGCUUCCCCACCAUGGAGCACGUGGUGGACGCUGGUUUCAUGUCCCAGGAAGAGAGGAAGAAGUUUGAGAGCCUGAAAUCCGAUUUCAACAAGUACUGGAUCCCUUGCGUCUGGUUUACCAACCUGGCGGCCCAGGCCCGGAGGGAUGGGCGAAUCCGUGAUGACAUUGCUCUCUGUCUGCUCCUGGAAGAGCUGAACAAGUACCGGGCCAAGUGCAGCAUGCUCUUCCACUAUGACUGGAUCAGCAUCCCUCUCGUCUACACCCAAGUGGUGACCAUAGCAGUAUACUCCUUCUUCGGCCUCUCCCUGGUUGGCCGCCAGUUCGUGGAGCCCGAGGCGGGGCCGGCCAAACCUCGGGAGCCUUUAGAGGCAGCGUCCACCCUGGGGGACCUGGACAUGUACGUGCCUCUCACCACGCUGCUGCAGUUCUUCUUCUAUGCCGGCUGGCUCAAGGUGGCCGAACAGAUUAUCAACCCCUUCGGUGAGGAUGAUGACGACUUUGAGACCAACCAGCUCAUAGACCGCAACUUGCAGGUGUCUCUGUUAUCCGUGGACGACAUGUACCAGAACCUGCCUCCUGCCGAGAAAGACCUGUACUGGGACGAAGACUCCGCGCAGCCACCCUACACGGUGGCCACCGCGGCCGAGGCUCUGAGGCCUUCUUUCCUGGGCUCCACCUUUAACCUUCGCAUGAGCGAUGACCCCGAGCAGAACAUGAAGGUGGAAGCAUCCCCAGCAGCUGCUCGACCACUGCCCGCCCAGACCCCACUACUCGGCCACUUUCUGGGUGCAGGAGCACCCUCCCCUGCCAUCAGCCUCAGGACAUUUGGCCGCAUGCGAGGAGCCCCCAGGACCCCGCAUCUGCUGCGCUUUCGAGCAGAGGAGAGUGGCGAACCCGAGGCCGCAGACCGCAUUGAGGAGGCAUCGGUGGGAUCAGAGGACGAGACCAGGGAGCCCUGA